UCUGCUUGUUUGUUACAUUCUCAAGAUGAAGCCCCCGGUGGUUACAGCAGUGCUGGUAGUACUGGUGCAGGUUUCUCACGGUUUCCCUGCCUUGUACCAUCGAGGCUGGUGGAGGCUCUUAAGGGAAGGAGAUGAUUGCGGAAAAUGUGAGUUGGCACUUUGCUCUGAGCCUAACGACUGUCCAGCCGGGACUGUACUGGACCGUUGUGGCUGCUGUCCUGAAUGUGGAAACGUGGAAGGUCAGAUCUGUGACUUGGACCAGGGUAAUCAUUUUUAUGGGCAAUGCGGGGACAACCUCGAGUGCAGGUUGGAUGCUGAUGAAGCCAGGUUUGGUGAAGUCCCUGAACCCCAGUGUGUGUGCAAGUCUCAAGAGAGCAUCUGCGGACCCGAAGGGAAAACCUAUGAGAACAUCUGUCAAUUCAACAAGGCUUAUGCAACUAAGAGAAAUAUCAGCAUGAAACAUAAAGGACCCUGUGAAUCAGCUCCUGUGAUUUCUAUGCCACCCCAGGACGUCCAGAAUUUCACAGGCAAUGAUGUCAUUUUUGGCUGUGAGGUGUCAGCCUAUCCUAUGCCACACCUUGAAUGGAAAAAAAAGGGGAAUAAAAUGUUUCUGCCAGGAGAUGAUGCCCAUAUCUCAGUACAGGCAAGAGGUGGACCUCAGAAAUAUGGUGUGACAGGCUGGCUGCAGAUUCAAGGCCUCAAAAAAUCAGAUGAAGGCAUCUACAUCUGCCAUACCAAAAAUAAGUAUGGUGCAACAUAUGCCUCUGCAAGAUUGAAAGUCAUUGAUGGUUCACCUUCUGCAUUUGCAUUUACUGCUGGCAGUAGAAGUGCAAGCUAUGACACUGACUACGGGGACUACUAUGACCAUUUGGAUGACGAGGAUGAAGAAGAAUAUGAAUCUGGGGACUAUGAAAAUUGAAACGACUCUGAAUAAUAAUUUUUAUACAGAUAUUGUCCAAUACUUUUCACAAUGUUAUAUUUACUAGUAUUCUCUGUGCUGGCAAUGGCUCCUCUGAUAACACACACACUCACUCGUGUAUCCCACCUGCCUGGAGUUCAGCUUUGGCUGAAGUGUAUCAUGUUACUUACUAGAAAUAAGAACAGUUGUAAGUUCAUACAUUUAAACUGUUAAAUAAA